AUGUUUCGCCAGGGUCCACAUUUGAUUUUUUCAAGGUGCUGGGAGUUCGGGCUGACGGUGUCGGAGAGGAAGACGGAGACCCUGGUGAUGCGGGUGAAGGAGAGACAGCGACCGCCGCCGCCGCCACCGCCGGUGCUGACCAUCGAAGCAGCGGGGCAAAGGUACGCACAGACGACCGAGUUCCGAUACCUGGGCGGCCUCGUCAACGAGCAGGGCGACCUUACCCGAGAGAUCAACCACAGGAGCAAAGCAGCGUGGGCGUGCAUUAAGCGAUACGCCACGGAGCUCUUCGACCGACCGGGAGCACCGUUUCGCCUCAAAGCCCGCCUGCUCCAGGCGGAGGCAGUGGAGGCACUGCUAUACGGCUGCAUGACAUGGUCCCCACGCCGCAACCACUACGGAAUGCUGCAGACGACACACCACCGGCUACUCCUGCGAGUCAUCGGCUACCGGCGCAAACGAGGCACCUACCGGCAGCUGUCAUACGCCCAGGCGCUAAAGAGGGUCGGCUGCCAGAGCGUGGAGGCCACUGUCCGUCAACGGCGCCUGCUCUUUGCGGGGGCCGUGGCAAGACAGCCGGACGGGCGGCUUCCGAAACGGCUGAUGUUCGGCGAGUUGGUGGGAGGGGAGGACCCGGGCCAGGGAAACCCGGAGCAGAACUGGCUGACAUGCCUGAAGGACGACAUGAAGAUGUUCGAAGCCAGGUACGGCUCCACGACCGACAAGCCGAGCGUCUUCGGAGUCCCGAAGUUAGUCUGGAGUGAGGCGGCGAAGGUGGAGGGGGGGGUACCGUGGCACGCGGGGGUGCUACAGGGAGCUGAGAGGUUCAUGGCCUCUUGGCACAAGGGCAAGGAGGAGGCCAGCCGACAACGAGCCAUCAAACGAGGAGACAGCGGGCCCAAAAAUAGUCUAGAUACGGCACCAAUCAACGGGGCGGUAGGGGGGCGGAAGGAAACGGCGCGGCGGGAAGAAAGCAAGCGAGAAGAGACCGACCGCGUGACGUGA